GGCUCUGGGAAAGUCCCAGGGGUGGGGGCGGCCUCCACAGCCUCAAGGCCUUUACCACCUUGACCCCACCCCCCGGGUAAAUUCCACAGUUAGAACUUCAUACCUUUGGCUUAAAGCUGAAUUUUCUGUUACCAUGUGGAUGCCCCAGGUGGAGGGGCCCAGUCCUGCUUAAGAACACCAUGAAUGCAGGAGCAUUGCAGGGAGCUCAAUAGUUGGCUAUCGGAGAGAAGGGAGCAGAGGCGUUGAGAGACCGCCAGACCGGGCAUGGCCCUGAACCCAGGGGCUAGUCUGGUCCUCUGUGAAAGCUCAAAGAUGACACCUGGUCUCAGCUUCACCGAGGCCUCAGAUUUAGGCUCUGGCACCACCUCUGGGCCCCACUCAGACAUGGGCCUUGCUCCUCUCGUGAACCCACCCCUGAAUCCUGGCUCAGCUCUUGUUCCAGACCUUAAUCCAAGUCUGAGUCCUGUCUCAGAGGAGGCCCCUGGCCUGGUGACCGGUAACACCCUCAGGCCUGCAGACAGCUGGACUGUGGGCCCCGCCUCCCUCCAGAUCACCACUUCCCUCUCAGGUGAAGCCCUGGGCCCGAGUUCAAAUCAGGUCUCGAGGCCUACCUCCCCGAGGGCCCCAAGUCCAGCCUCAAACCUCGUUCUGAGCCUCAGCUCUACUGAGGCCCAGGGUCUGAGCUCAGGGAGCCACACAGGGCCCAGUUCUGAGGAGGCUUUCAACUCCCUCUCAAGAAAGAUUUUUGAUUUGGGUCAGAGUAACUCCAAUCCUUCCAGGCCUGAAGCAAACCCAUUUAUAAGGCCCUAUUCAAGAGAAGCCCUGGUUGUGGGCCAAUGCGUCUCCAGGCCAGGCUCGAAAGCACUCCUUAUUCCAGCCUCAAACUCUUCGCUGGACCCAGACGCCCACUGGAUACUCGGUGUGGGCUCAAGAAACACCUCUAAGCUGGACCUGCAUGAGGCUCGAAGUUCUGGGGGAACCCUGAUCCCAGACGCCAACGAGACCAUCACUGUGGUUUCACAUAAGAUCUCCGGGUCUGUCUCAAAAGGAGCCUUUGGUGCGACCUGGAACACGAGUUCCAAGGGAACCGUGAACGUGGCUUCGAAUGGCAAUCCCAGGUCUGCCUUGAACAUGACCAUCACUCAGGCCUCAUGCUUGACCCUGAUUCCUGGCUCCAGUGACGGUCUCAGCCUGCACUCCAGCACCCAUGGACCCAACUCCACCCUCUCUCCACCCUCGUGCAUGACCCUGAUCCUGGGCUCUAAUGAGACCCUCAGCCUGGGCUCCAGCCUCAUUUUCAGCGACACCUCCACCCUGAUGCUGAGCAGCCAGCAGGAUUAUUCUGAGGACAACAGCAUCCAUGCCAUACCCUUGGAUGAGAAUCUGGGGAGCUGGGACAAGAUGGUCAGCACGGAGACUGGUCAGUUCCCGCUGGGGUUCCCCACCCCUAACGCCACAGACGAGGACAGCACAACCUUCCAAAGCAUCCCAGAGGGAGUCUUUGAUGAAGUGACCUCAUGCCUGGUGAAGGUGCCAGGGAAGAGAGAAGAUGACAACAAGAUGGCUCUGGUGGAGAAUGUCAUCGCCCUCCAGAAGUGCCAGGAAGGGGAAAGCGAGAAGAAGACCAUGAUGCAGAAGAUGAUGAGGCAGAUCCAGGAGGAGCCACUGGAUUCCCUCUCAAGCACCGUCCGCUGGCGGGCCAUGGAGACCCUGACCCAGCUGAGUCACAUCCAGCCCGCGCUGGGUAGGCAAGAAAGAUCAGAGCUGGUGAACACGUGUGUGAGGAGUGUGUUCUCCCUCCCCUCUGUGCAGGCCAUGCAGGAGAAGGACGAGGCCAAGGCUGAGGCCUUACAGGAGCAGCAAGUAAAAAAAGCAUCCGAGAACUUCCCAGAGAUGAUAAUAAAAACACUUUACCGUCACACCCUGGAAGCCCUGCAGACUCUGCUCAACGCCCUCUUUGUGGAGGACCCCACUCCUGCCGGGCUGAAGAGCAUCUUGGAGCCCCUGGGGCCCUGGAUGAACUCCGGGAAGGCCCAUGAGCGAGCACGGGCUGUGAAGAGCAAUGUCUCUGUGUUGAACCACACUCUUCUGACCCUGCCUUUCUUUAUGACCUCGGGGUUCCCGGCGCUGGGGCUUCUGCUGGGGAGGCUCAUCCUUCGCAUCGGGGAUCCUGAUGAGGAGAUUGGCCGGGAGGCUCUGGACGGCAUCACCAUCCUCUACACCAUCCUGGAGCUCCAGAAACGAUCCAGAGAUAAGGAAGAGACCAAUAAGGAGGAGCUAUAUGAGAGCAACAAGCGAUUCCUGGGGCCCUACAAUCCUGUCAGCCCAUGCCAGAAUAUUCUGCGCGUGAUCGCGGAGUUUGGAGACUUCCUGGGACCCCAGCAGGUAAAGGACCUGUUGCUAGCAGCCCUGGAAGGCUUGAAAGGCAGCUCAGAGGCCCGGGGGAAGGACUCCGGGGAGAUGAUGCAGCUGGCCUCAGAGGUCACGCUCAGCUCGGUGCUGGAAUGGUACCGCCACAGGGUGCUGGAGGUGAUCCCAGAGAUCAUGCAGGGCAUCUACGCGCAGCUGAACCACAUCCAGGAGCCGCGGGCCCGCGAGGUGGCCCUGCUGCCCGUCUCCCUCCUGGCCAGCUCCUUCAUGACCGAGGUGGUUGUGGCCCUGCUCAAGUGCCCCCUCCCGCUGGACAGCAAUGGCGCAGAGAUGUGGAGGCAGCUGACCCUGCGCAAGCCCAGCUGUGAUGUCCGAGACCUCCUGGACCUGCUCCUGAGCAGCCUGAAGGAGAAGCCCUUCACCAAGAAGGGCCGGGCCUCCAUUGUGCCCCUCGCGGCAGCCAGCGGCCUGUGUGAGCUCCUGUCGGUCAACAGCUGCGUGGGCCGCGUGAGGCGCAUCUACCCCCAGCUGCUCCUGGCCCUGCUCAUUCAGGUCCAUUACCACAUCGGUCUCCACCUGCCCAGCCGCAUGGCUUUCCGCAAGGACGCCGAGAAGGACACUCAGCCUUCUCUCUUCGUACCCGUGCGCUGGGUGGUCAAAGUGGUGAAAACCCUGCUGCUGAGGAUGGGCUGCUCGUAUGAGGCCACCUUUCUGGAGGACCAGGGCGGCUGGGAACUCCUGGAGCAGGCGGAGAACCACCACCGGGGAGUGUCCCUGCUGGCCAGGGCCAUGGUUCACUACUCGUGCCAGGAGCUGUGCCGCAUCCUCUACCUGCUCAUCCCGCUCCUGGAGCGAGGCGACGAAAAGCACAAGAUCACUGCCACUGCCUUCUACGUGGAGCUUCUGCAGAUGGAGCAGGUGCGGAGGAUCCCGGAGGAGUACUCUCUCGGGCGGAUGGCAGAAGGCCUGAACCACCAGGACCCCAUCAUGAAGGUGCUGUCCAUCCGAGGCCUGGUCAUCUUGGCCCGCAGGACUGAGAAGACUGCCAAGGUGCAGGCCCUCCUACCCUCUAUGGUGAAGGGCCUGAAGAGCAUGGACGGGCUGCUGGUGGUGGAGGCUGCCCACAACCUCAAGACCAUCUUCAAGGGGCAGGACCGGAAGCUGACGGACAGCUCGGUCUAUGUGGAAAUGCUGCAGAUCCUGCUGCCACAUUUCAGCGAUUCUCGAGAGGACGUGCGCUCCUCCUGCAUCAACCUGUACGGCAAGGUGGUCCAGAAGCUACGGUCACCCUGCACCCCAGCCAUGGAGGAGCAGCUGAUCAGCACCUUGGUGCCCCUGCUGCUGAUCAUGCAAGAGGGCAACGCCAAGGUGAGCCAGAAAUGUAUAAAGACCCUGUUCCGCUGUUCUUGCCUCAUGGAGUGGGAAUUGCCGAAAAGAGCUUAUAGCCGGAAGUCCUGGGACAACCAGCAGCAGACGGUGGCCAAAAUAUGCAAGUACCUUGUGACUACACACCAAGACAGCGCCUUCACAUUCCUCAGCCAGAGCCUGGAGUACGCCAAGAAUUCCCGGGCCUCCCUCCGGAAGUACUCAGUCAUGUUCAUAGGGUCCCUCGUCCCCUGCAUGGAGAGCAUAAUGACAAAAGACCGCCUGAAUGAAGUGAAAGUGGCUCUGGAAAACCUGAGACACGACCCAGAAGCAUCAGUGUGCAUCUACGCAGCCCAGGCCCAGGACCACAUCCUGGCCAGCUGCUGGCGGAACUCCUGGCCACUGCCGCACGGGGACUCGUGGGGGUGCGACCCGGCCACCAUGCACCGCUGGAGUCCCAGCUGUGAGAACCUGCCCACUUCCCACCAGCGGCGCUCCUGGAUCAUGCAGGCCCUGGGCUCCUGGAAGAUGUCCUUGAAGCAGUGAUGUCCCUGAGCCCCCAGCCCUCCUCAGGGGUGGCCACAGCCAUAGUCAU